AUGACCGAGCUACCGCGCGUCCAGUCCGACACCGUGUUCGACACCAGUCAAAAGCCGCGUCGGACCGACGCUUCCAAAAAGAGGCUAUCGGCAAUUGACUCAAUUACCGCACUUGUGUGCGUUGUCUCAAGAGAUAUACUCGGACAUGAGACAAAACUCGAUCUGCUUCUUGAGAAGACCAAUUGUCCCUUUGCACACGAGGCGGGUGUAUACGUACCGGAGGAUGAUUCUCUUUGGAUCACCAGCAACCAAUAUCCACAUCCAGAGACGGGAAAACCUCACAUACACAUCUCGCGUAUUCAACUACCUUCGAGCGCCGACAGCGCCAAGACAGAGUACUCGGAGAUAGACGUAACCGAUGUCCCUCUGCCAAAUGGCGGCGUGAACUACAAGAACGGUGUAUUGUUUUGUGCACAAGGAACGCUUGACACACCUGGAGGUAUAGCCUUCAUGCCACUGGCCCCAAGCACCGGCUCGACCUAUGAGGCCAAGCUACUAGUUUCAAGUUUCCAUGGCCGCCCUUUCAAUUCGCCAAACGACGUUGUUGUACACUCGGAUGGCUCCAUAUGGUUCACGGAUCCAAUCUACGGCUGGGAGCAAGGUAUCAGACCACGGCCCAGGUUGCCGAAUCAAGUGUAUCGGUACGAUCCUGCAACAGAGAACGUUCGUCCAAUAGCAGAUGGGCUUUGUAGACCGAAUGGAAUCUGCUUUAGCCCGGACGAAUCGACCGUAUACAUUACUGAUACGGACUGGAUUCAUGGGGACGGUACCACAGAUGAGAUGAGAGUAUCGCACAUGUGA